CUUCCUUCGCCAAUUUUCUUUUGGUCUCUCACAAUAUGAGUUCCCGUAUGACAAUCCCUCUGCGUCUUAUUUUUCUCGUCGCGUUAACCCUAGCAUUGAUCCCUCUGUCCAUCGCCCAAGACUCGCCCCAAGACUAUGUCGCCGCCCACAAUGCGGCUCGCUCUCAGGUUGGUGUGGGCCCGAUGGCGUGGGACGAAAGCGUCGCUGGCUAUGCCAGGGAUUACGCCAACAAGCAUGCCAGCGACUGCACGCAACUCAUUCAUUCAGGCGGACCCUAUGGGGAGAACCUUGCGUGGGCUUCCCCCGAUCUUACUGGCACAGGAGCGGUGAACAUGUGGGUCGGAGAAAAGCCUGACUACGACUACAAUUCCAAUUCAUGCGCACCAGGUAAGGUCUGUGGGCAUUACACUCAAGUGGUGUGGCGCAACUCUGUUCGGCUUGGAUGCGCAAAGGCUCAAUGCGCGACGGGCGGUACUUUGGUCACUUAUAACUACGAUCCUCCUGGGAAUGUUGAUGGCCAGAAGCCUUAUUAA